UGUUUUGUGUUGACAUAAUUCGGUUCUCACCUCGCUCUCACUAACUCUAACUCACUAGCACUACAUAACAUACUCAUCUUCUCAUCUUGCGGAUCUUUCCUUGCCAACGCGUCACGCCGUCGGCCGCAUUUUAUCAGCCUGCUGCCGCCUGCAUUCUUAUUUGGCAAAUUUUCGAGAGAUUUUUUCAGUUUCAACUCUUCCCUCUUCAUUCCAGUCCACUCACAAUCAGUUCAGAUCAGACGGAUAAAAAAAUGCCAAAAACGCGUAGCAGGAGCAGCCACCAUGAGUCAAAUCCGAAACCAGCAGCCAGCAAGAAAUCAAAACCUGCAGCGCUUGACAAAGAAGAAUGGAAGCGCUCUGGAGAUUUGCCCACAGACUAUCUUCAUUUGUUUGAAUCCUCGUCCAUGUACGACUGCACCUUCCGAGUGGAAGCUACACCAAAACCUACAAAUAAUGCAUCUCACCUGAAGGUCUUCAAAUGCCACAAACUGGUCCUGUCUGUUGCAAGCAAAGUUUUUGAAGUUAUGUUUCAUGGAGAAUUUGCAGAAGCAAGCAAAGGACCAGAUGAUAAAAUUUUGAUUGAGGACACACCACCCGCAGUUUUUGAAACUGCUAUGAGGUUUGUGUAUGGCCGAAAAACAGACUUCAAAAGUGAAGUGAUUGCAGCUGAAGUGUAUAAGUUUGCUGACAAGUGGCAAAUUUGCAGCCUCAAGGAUUCUGCAGACUUGUUCCUAAAGGAUCUAUCAACUGAAAAUGUUGCCUUUGUGCAUAAAAUUUUCAAACAGGCUGGAAACAAGAAAGGCUUGGAGAGGUGCAUGAAGGUUAUUUCUGAGAACACACAAGAAGUGCUAAAAAGUUCCCAUUGGAAAAAUGCAACUUUGGACCUUGUCAUAGAUGUCUUGAGCCAGGAAGACCUCAGCAUCGAGAAUGAAUGUGCCUUGCUCGAAGGUCUUUAUCGGUGGGGUGAAGCAAACACGAAGGACAGAAUUGAAAACCCAUCAGAUGCGAUGGUGAGAGAGGCCAUCAACAAACCUCUGGAGAAAAUCCGAUUCCUCUCUAUGGAAUAUCAGGACUUUGCUAACUUCUGCUUGAAGAACAAAAACUGCAUUUUGAGUGCUGAAGAGAAAUUGAACAUCAUGAUGAGCAUUUCAACUGGAUCAAUGGAAAACUUGCCAAAGAACUUCAGCAUUGAGAAGAAAUCUAGAAUUACUCUUAAGAAUGCAACAUGGCUGAAUUUGCAGGCCAACUAUUGGGGAGGCAAUGCUGGCAACACCUGGUUGGAGUUCACAACAAACAAGAGAGUCAGAUUUUUAGGAUUUCAAUUCAUGUCAUUUAAUGCUUACUUAGGUGCUGGUUAUCAGCCAAAAAAUGUAGAAUACGAGUUGACCAAUGCACAGGGAGUAAAAAUCUACAAAGGCACCACUAAUGAUUAUGAUGAGAAUCUCAAGUUUUACAGAACAAAAGGAGCAAUUUAUCUUGAUGCUGGUUUCAGGUACAAAAUUUCUGUGAAACAGAUGCAAGUAAAUCAAAAAUGCUUGUCACAAUAUUUCUCAAACUUGAGCAUCACCAAAGACACAUUAACAGUUCAAUUGUUUGCCAAUUACUCUGGUGCUGGAAUUGGCACUUUGAUUUUCUCUUAAUUUUGCCAUGCAACAGUUACUAUUUAUCUUAAAAGUACCUCUUUUACUCUUUGUGGCCAAUUUGAUAAUGAAUUAAAAGAUUGGGGGUUAUUCUAUUUGGUAUUCCCCCUCGUGGGGUUGCAUUUCUUUUAGCACAUGAUUAUCUCGGGAGGACUAUUGAAAACAAAAGCCACCAUUAAAUUUUGGCACUCUAGAUUUUCAAAGCAGCGUUUAUAAUUAUAGCAGAACCAUAAAUUUACAUUUUGAUGCAUUUGUCUUAAAUCGUUUGAUCAUUUUUGCGGUUUAAUUGAAUAAUGUGUUAAUUAUGAUAACACGGCCACACUAAUAUUUCUACUAGGUUUAUAUGAAAAUAAU